AUCGUAAAUUUGGUAAUCAAAACGCCUUUUAAAAUCAAAUAUAUUUGCUACUGUAACGAUGUUAGAUAAAAUUCUUUAUAAUACAGUAUUGUGUCAGGCAUAUUCUCCAUGUGGAAAGUAUUUAGUAGCUGGAAAUAUUUAUGGCCAAUUGGCGGUGUUUGACCUUGAUCGCAUUUUAAAUCCAGUUGUGGAAUUGCUUACUUCAGACUACAACAAACCCAAAUAUAAACAUAACCUAGAAUCUGGUAAUCAGAUAUGCAGCUUAGUGACUACAGAUAAAUUCUUGAUCAUUGGUACGGUCAAUGAAAUAUAUGGUUGGGAUUGGAAAGCAAUUUUGAGUGUUAAAUUGAGCAAACCAUCGUGGCAGAUCAAGAUAUCGUCCAAAACUUCUCUGGAAUACAUUGAUGUAAACAGUUUGUGGCUGUCAGAAGACCGAGAAAAGUUACUAGCUGGUUGUGGUGACAAUAACGUAUAUAUCUAUAAUUUGGAGGAUAGACGUCAAAUAUCUGUGCUGUCUGGCCAUGAUGAUUACGUACAUUCAGUGCAUGGAAAGAAUGAUCAGAUCAUCUCAUCUGGUGAAGAUGGUGCUGUACUACUAUGGGAUCUCAGGACAGCAAAAUCUCAUAACAAAAUAGAGCCCUAUAAAAACAAUAAAGUCAGCAGACCAGACCUAGGAAAAUGGGUGGGAUCUGCAUCUCUGAGUGACGACUGGAUUGUCUGUGGUGGAGGACCUCGUCUAGCUCUCUGGCAUUUAAGAUCUCUCGAUGUUACCACAGUAUUUGAUUUGCCGGAUCAUGGAAUACAUGUCUCUUACUUCCAUGAUGAUUGUGUCAUAGCCAGCGGAGCAGCUAAACAUUUGUAUCAACUAAGUUACUCAGGGGAGAUCAGAGUUGAGCUGCCCGUGUCAGCGACUACAGUGUAUUCAGCAGUUUUGAAGUCAAACCCCAAUGUAUUAGCAAUUGCAGGCUCCAGCCCGGAAAUUGAUUUGUGCACUUCAUUUAACUAUAGGGAUCAAAUUCUACAUUUUCGAUAGGGUAAGUUAUCAUAUUUAACCAUCUUAUGAAGGAGAAAUACUGUGGUUUUAAAUAAAGAGAACAG